GAAACGGCAGCGCGAAAGUACCUUUCUACCCACGCUGACGACCGCCAACCGAUCGACUCUCCUUCUUCCUACCGACUAAGGAAAGACAGCAGCAGCAACAGCUUUCCCCAGAACUCCCGUUGCCUGCAAUCAUGGCUGCUCUCAACAAGAUCGCGCCCAACAGCCCUUCCCGGCAAAAUCCUUCCGAGCUCGAGACCUCCCUCGCAGGUGCUCUCUCAGAUCUGGAGACCAACACCCCCGAUCUGAAGGCCGCCCUCAGGCCUUUGCAGUUUGUCUCUGCUCGUGAGAUCGAAGUCGGUCACGGAAAGAAGGCUAUUGUCAUCUUUGUCCCAGUCCCUCUUCUCCAAGGCUUCCACAAGGUCCAGCAACGUCUCACCCGUGAGCUCGAGAAAAAGUUUUCUGAUCGCCAUGUCCUAAUCCUCGCUUCCCGUCGCAUCCUGCCACGCCCCAAGCGCUCCGCCCGCUCCCGCACUUCCCAGACCCAGAAGCGGCCCCGAUCCCGCACUCUCACCGCUGUCCACGAGGCAAUCCUCACCGACAUCGUCUACCCUGUUGAGAUCGUCGGCAAGCGUCUGCGAACAAAGGAGGACGGCACGAAAGUUCUCAAGGUCAUCCUGCACGAGAAGGAGCGAGGUGGUGUUGACCACCGCCUGGACGCAUAUGGCGAGGUUUACCGGAGAUUGACUGGCCGUGGUGUCAAAUUCGAGUUCCCUCAAAGCAGUGCUACAGAGUUUUAGAGGACUGAGUAGAAAGAAAAUAAAAUGUUAAACGCAAAUUUUCUUCUUUUCAUUUCUCGUGCUUGGUUCUAUAAACGGAAUGUAACUGCGGGUAAAAAAGGUCUGGGGAACAAGGUCGUGGUGGAGCGUUGGGCCGUAUUUGUUGCCCGCUUCCUUCUUUUUCUCCGGUCAUGGAGGAAGGAAUGGGGGCAAUGAAAUAAAAUUAAUAGGUUCGGAAAUUUUGUCGUUUUUUUUAUGGGAAACGAAGCGAUGGGGUUUCCGCAAUCUUAGCAAAAUUUUAUGUCAUGUUUUCUUUUUGUUCUCUUUUGUUCCUUCUAUAUUUCAUGUUUUUAAUCUGCCUCUCUUAUCAUAUCUCUCUCCGCGUGUUUGUCUGCAUAAAUGAGCUUCUUUCACUGUACGGAAAAUACAUCGACGAAUCCUGAGGAAUUUGAGGAAAAGACAUGAAUGGAAAGGAGGUGUUCCUGUCCUUGCUACAAAUUUCCGUACCUUCGCUCUUGUUGACAAUAUUGCUGCUGCGGUAGGGCGAAAGGCUUGCGGCGUGGAGUAGAGGGUAAAAACGGAUAACAAAUAUAAAUAUGGCAUUGUAGGGCUGGU